AUGCCGCGCGCGACGCGAACGUCCCGAACGCUCGCCCUCCUCCUCGCCGUCCUCGCCGUCGCGGCGGUCGCGCUUCCGGCGCGCGCGGCGUCGAGCGCGGUGACGACGCCGCGGGCGCGAUUCCAACGCCACGACGCGAGCGCGCUCGGGGGAUGGAAGAAGAUCAAAAAGAGCGCGAAGAAGACGGCGAGUAAGACGACGAAGACGGUGACGAAGACGACGGAAACGGUGACGAAGACGGUGACGAAGACGACGGCGGAUAUGGCGAAGGAUGCGUACGACGCGGGCAAAGCCAUGGCCGGGAGCACGUACCAGGCGACGUAUAACAACGUGAAGAAAAAGUUUGGGGACAAGGUGACGAAAUUCACCGGAGACUCGACGGAUAUGCUGGAGAAUAAGUACGAUGCGACGAAGGGGUUCACCUCUGACGCUGUCUCGACGAUUAAAUCGGAGGCGAGUGCGCUCGCGGCGGACGCGACGGCGGUGGCGGAGAUGAUCGUCGCGUUCUUUAACGGCUUGAAGUGCGACAUCUCGCCGAGUACCAUGCGCGGUAUCGCGAAUAACUUGAAGAAUAACGCGUUCCAAAACGGCGGUACGUCGUCCAUGGUGAAGCAAAUUAAGGCUGACCCGGCGAAGUUUUACCAAAAGUUGGACAACGUGGCGUGCGAUAUCAUCUGGAACACCAUGUUCACCUCGGCCUCGGUCGCCAUCGACGUGUUUAAGGCGGCGAUUGAGACGCUUAAACAAGACUGUCCGGCCAUCGGCGGCGCCAAGUCGGCGUUCACGCUCGGUCUCACUCUCGAUGUCGACGUCACGUUCGGGACUCACACGGCUGGGAUUGGAACCGAGUUGGGCGUCGGCUUCGAUCUUGUCGGAAACAAGUUCUGCUACGUCGGCGCGUGCGCUUCUUCAGGUCGCAAGUUUGGAGGUAACCCACUCGACGCCGACGCCGAGCCCGGCCUCGCGCUCUCCGGCUACAAGGAGAUGUCCAGCGUCCCGGGCGAGUGCUCUCUCAUCGAUGCCGGUCUUUCGAUCAACCUCCCGACGCCUCUGAAGAUCGAAGGCGAGGGUGGUCUCACGUACCUCUACAGCGGGAGCUUGGGCAACUUCGUUGGCGUCCAAGUGCCGUUGUCCAUCUCUCAAGCCGCCAUCGUGCCGGGCGCCGAGGUUUCAUUCAGCAAGGGGAUGUGCUGCACCCCCAUCUGCAUCAAGACGGAUGGCUCGGACUGCGCCGGAACCAACUGGAAGAACCCGUGCCCGACCGCGAAGGACCCGACCGCUUGGUCGAACCUCAUCACCGCCUCGGCUGAGGCUCGCCUCGGUGGCGCGACCACCCUCGACAGGAGCAACGAAGAAUACCCGGGACCGUCGACUUGGGCCAGACGCCUCGGUUACGACGACGACGUCGAGACCUCCACCCAGGGCGCGCUCCGCUCCAAGACCGUAACCGCGCUCGCGGCGUCGAUCGGUCUCAUCGCCAUCGUCGCCGUCGCUGCGCAGCGACGUCGUCGAUCCAAGCUCGUCGCCGACGAAACCACGCCGCUCGUUCGCUCGUCGUGA